CCUAGGCUGCACUGAAUGGUGCUCCGUCUUCGUCCUCAGGCCAGAGUAAUGCGCUUGUCUCUGUCCGGACGUUAGGGCUUCUAUCAUUACUGGCUCCACCUUCCAACCAAGCGUCGACCUCUAUGGUGAUUGUCCCUGCGGGUCCCCAAGCGCCUCGGCAGGGGUUCUGGAAGAGCAAUCAAGAGCGCUUCAAUGAGAUAUACACUUGGUGGAGUGCGGAGAACGAGGCGAGGGAUGCAACUAUGAGGGAACAACAACGUGAGAAGGAGGAGAGAGAAGAAAGGGAGAAAAAUGAGAGAGAACGGAAAGACCGACGUAAGGAAAUGGUAGAGUUCCAUCAGGAGAUGAGUGAGUUGUUGCGUCAGCAACUGAAAGAUGUGUGUGCAGCCAUCGUGGGUACUAAGAAGGAUGGUCUAGAUAAGGAAGAUGAUGCGGCGCGAUUACAGAGGGAGAAUGAGGAAUUCGAGAAAAAUAUAGAAACUAGACUUGAGAAACUUACCUUGGAGAACGAAGAGCUGAAGAAAAAGUUUGUGGCGAACUCACAAGUAACAUACCCGAAAUCGGGUUCGAAGAGACGGGUUGCAGUAUUGGAAGUACAACCUACUCCGACGAGGCUGUAUCAGGCGGUGGAACCGGCUAGCGAGGUCCAUCGUUUGAGAUCUGCGUACAAGAAGGUGCUGGAGGAUAAUGAGGCGAUGUCUGAGAAAGUGCGCCUGCUCAAAGAACCGAAGAUCAAGGCGCAAGUUGAGGCUGUUGAAUUACGCAGGAAGUUGUCGGGCAAAGAGAUGUCACAUCCACCACGAUCUAAUCUUCGUUCGUCCUUCGAAGCCGCGACCCACAAUGAGGAGAUUCCUCCAGCCGUGCUCAAAGGAAACUCGGUCAGGAGACAAAGGGCGAUCCAGAAGAUCGUUUUUGAGAAGAAAGAGAGGAAAUCACUACGGGGUUAAGAAAAAGGAAUAUCCAGAAAUUAUGUGCGGAUGAAGGGGUACAGUUCGUUACAAUCAAGCAAGCGGUCGAUG